UAUCUAUCCCAUGUCUACCAAAUGGGUUUCACUGAUAGUAACCACUUAUCAAAUGACAAAAUAGCGACAACUUUUACAUUGAAUACUAAUAAUACAAGUGCUCAGCCAAAGGAAGGUCUAACACCAUAUCAGGGAAGAAAACGGUGUUUCGGUGAAUAUAAGUGCUCUAAAUGUAAGAGAAAGUGGAUGUCUGGCAAUAGUUGGGCCAAUUCGGGACAGCAAUGCAUCAAAUGUCAUGUUAUGGUUUAUCCACACAAACAACGACCACUGGACAAACCCGACGGUCUGGACGUCAGUGACCAAAGCAAAGAACAUCCGCAACACUUAUGCGAGAAGUGUACUUCAUUGGGAUAUUAUUGUCGUCAAGUUCACUGA